GACCGGCUGUACGAGUCGUACUACUGCCUGAGCCAGCAGCACCCGCUGCUCGUCUUCCUGCUGCUCAUCGUGAUGGGCGCCUGCCUCGCCCUGCUCGCCCUCUUCUUCGCCGCCGCCGGCCUGGAAACUGAGGAUCAUGUGGCAUUCUUAAUAACUGUUCCAACAGCUCUGGCAAUCUUCUCUGCUGUAUUUAUCCUUGCCUGCAUAGAGCCCCUGUUCAAGAAAUUUCUUCGUGUUUUCUCCUUGGUAGUCUGGGUGUGUCUAGUUGCCAUGGGAUACCUCUUCAUGUGGUUUGGAGGAAUCAUCUGUCCUUGGGAUCAGGUGUCAUUUUUCUUAUUCAUCAUUUUUGUGGUCUAUACGAUGCUGCCCUUCAGCAUGCAGAAUGCUAUAAUUGCUGGGGUCCUCACCUCUGCCUCACAUACCAUUGUCCUGAGCAUCUGUUUGUCCUCGACAGGCAUCAUCAAAGAGCGCUUGGCUUGGCAGAUUUUGGCCAACGUGAUCAUUUUUAUCUGUGGGAAUCUCGCUGGAGCCUACCACAAGCAACUGAUGGAGCUUGCUCUUCAACAGACCUAUCAGGACACCUGCAACUGUAUCAAGUCACGCAUCAAGUUGGAAUUUGAGAAGCGGCAGCAGGAACGUCUCCUGCUGUCUUUACUCCCUGCUCACAUAGCCAUGGAGAUGAAAGCAGAGAUCAUUCAGAGGCUGCAGGGACCCAAAGCGGGCCAGCUGGAGAAUACCAACAACUUUCACAACUUGUAUGUCAAAAGACACACCAAUGUAAGCAUUUUAUAUGCCGAUAUUGUGGGAUUCACUCGUCUGGCUAGUGAUUGCUCCCCUGGAGAACUGGUGCACAUGCUGAACGAACUCUUUGGGAAAUUUGAUCAGAUAGCAAAAGAAAAUGAAUGCAUGAGAAUUAAAAUCUUAGGAGACUGCUACUACUGUGUGUCUGGCCUCCCUAUCUCUCUUCAAAACCAUGCCAAGAACUGUGUGAAAAUGGGCUUGGAUAUGUGUGAAGCCAUAAAGAAGGUCAGAGAUGCAACUGGAGUUGACAUUAAUAUGCGAGUGGGCGUGCACUCUGGGAAUGUUCUUUGCGGUGUGAUUGGGCUGCAGAAAUGGCAGUAUGAUGUAUGGUCGCAUGAUGUUACUCUGGCCAAUCACAUGGAAGCUGGAGGAGUUCCUGGCCGUGUUCACAUUACUUCAGUCACCUUGGCACACUUGAAUGGGGCUUACAAAGUGGAAGAUGGGGACGGAGAUGCGAGGGACCCAUAUCUCAAAGAGCACAAUGUGAAAACCUACUUUAUAAUCAAUCCCAAGGAGGAAACACGGAGUCCGCAGCAUCAUUUCCGACCCCGGAACACUUUAGAUGGAGCUAAAAUGAGGGCGUCUGUCCGCAUGACCCGCUACUUGGAGUCCUGGGGGGCAGCCAAGCCGUUUGCUCAUUUGCACCACCGGGACAGCAUGAUUACAGAGAACGGCAAGAUCAGCACCAUGGACAUGCCUAUGGGUCAAUAUAAUUUCCAGAGAUGUAGAGAAAGAACAAAAUCUCAGAAGAAAAAGUUUGAAGAAGAACUGAAUGAAAGGAUGAUUCAAGCAAUUGAUGGCAUAAAUGCUCAAAAGCAAUGGCUUAAAUCUGAAGAUAUUCAAAGGAUAUCAUUGCUUUUCUACAACAAAGCUCUAGAAAAAGAAUAUAGAGCCACCACGCUGCCGGCAUUCAAGUACUAUGUGACUUGUGCUUGUCUCAUAUUCUUCUGCAUUUUUCUUGUGCAGGUUCUAGUGCUACCAAAAAAGUCUAUUCUUGGAAUCUCCUUCGGGGCUGCCUUUCUUGUGCUUUCCUUCAUUCUUUUUAUCUGUUUUGCUGGACAGCUUUUGCAAUGCAACAAGAAAGCUUCUGCCUCGCUGAUGUGGGUUUUGAAGUCAUCAGGAGUCAUUGCAAACCGCCCCUGGCCACGGAUCACACUCACUUUGAUAACAACAGCUAUAAUAUUAACGAUGGCUGUCUUUAAUAUGUUUUUCUUGUAUGAUGAAGACGAUGUGGCUGAAUUCCUUCCCAUUUUUAAUUCAUCAAAUGCAAGUUCUCCUGAUGCAAGGGAUGAGACUCUCUGGUAUAUUCAGAACAAUUAUUUUUUCCUACCAUAUUUUAUCUACAGCUGCAUUCUGGGCCUGAUUUCCUGUUCCGUUUUUCUUCGGAUAAACCAUGAGUUGAAAAUGGCAAUCAUGCUGGUUGCCAUGGUGGCAUACAACGUCAUUCUUCUUCACACGCAUGGCUCUGUGCUGGAUGACUACAGCAAGUUCUUGUACACGAUGGCACCUCUCAAAAGGCCAGGGAUCCUGAAAGAUCUGAAGACGAUGGGCUCCGUGUCUCUGUUCAUAUUCUUCGUGACCUUGCUGGUUCUCAGCAGACAGAAUGAAUAUUACUGUAGGUUAGAUUUCCUGUGGAAGAACAAGUUCAAAAAAGAACGUGAGGAGAUUGAGACCAUGGAGAAUUUGAACCGACUGCUUCUGGAAAAUGUGCUGCCCGCCCACGUGGCAGAACAUUUUCUGGCGAGGAACUUGAAGAAUGAGGAUUUAUACCAUCAGUCGUAUGACUGUGUUUGUGUUAUGUUUGCCUCCAUUCCGGAUUUCAAAGAGUUUUACACAGAAUCUGAUGUGAACAAAGAGGGUUUAGAAUGUCUCAGGCUUCUAAACGAGAUCAUCGCUGACUUUGACGAUCUGCUGUCUAAACCCAAAUUUAGUGGUGUGGAAAAGAUCAAGACCAUUGGGAGCACUUACAUGGCAGCCACAGGGUUAAGUGCAAUGCCCAGCCAAGAACACAGCCAGGAGACAGAACGACAAUACACGCAUAUUGGAACUCUGGUGGAGUUUGCGUUUGCCCUUGGAGCAAAACUGGACGUCAUAAAUAAACAUUCCUUCAAUGACUUCAAACUUAGAGUAGGCAUUAACCACGGGCCGGUCAUUGCGGGGGUCAUUGGGGCUCAGAAACCACAAUACGACAUCUGGGGCAAUACCGUCAAUGUGGCUAGCAGGAUGGACAGCACGGGCGUCUUAGAUAAAAUCCAGGUCACAGAAGAAACUAGUAAGAUUUUACAAACCCUGGGCUACAUUUGUACCUGCCGAGGCAUAAUUAACGUCAAAGGAAAAGGAGACCUCCAGACCUACUUUGUACAUACUGAAAUGACAAAAUCUCUUUCACAAGGGAACGUGGCAUCCUGAAAUCCACCACGUUGGUGUGGGCAGCCCUGUGUUUUUAG